GUCAUCCCUAGACUAGAGCCGGAAUAAAACAAAAAUUCGCAACAAAAGGCGAGGAAAUUGGGAAAAAGUACACAAGCAAUGGACUCCGACGCGGCACAGAAGACCUGGGAGCUGGAGAACAACAUCCAGACGUUGCCCAGCUGCGACGAGAUCUUCCGCUAUGACGCGGAGCAGCAGCGCCAGAUCAUCGACGCGAAGCCGUGGGAGAAGGAUCCGCACUUUUUCAAGGACAUAAAGAUCUCGGCUCUGGCGCUCCUCAAGAUGGUGAUGCACGCCCGCUCGGGUGGCACACUGGAGGUGAUGGGCCUGAUGCUGGGCAAGGUGGAGGACAACACAAUGAUUGUCAUGGAUGCAUUUGCGCUGCCUGUGGAGGGAACUGAAACCCGGGUGAAUGCCCAGGCCCAGGCCUACGAGUACAUGACCGCCUACAUGGAGGCGGCCAAGGAGGUGGGCCGCAUGGAGCACGCCGUGGGCUGGUACCACAGCCAUCCCGGCUACGGCUGCUGGCUGUCCGGCAUCGAUGUGUCCACCCAGAUGCUCAAUCAGACCUACCAGGAGCCCUUCGUGGCCAUUGUGGUUGAUCCGGUGCGCACUGUUUCCGCCGGCAAGGUGUGCCUGGGUGCCUUCCGCACCUAUCCGAAGGGCUACAAGCCGCCCAAUGAGGAGCCCUCGGAGUACCAGACCAUCCCGCUGAACAAGAUCGAGGACUUUGGCGUGCACUGCAAGCAGUACUAUCCGCUGGAAAUUAGCUACUUCAAGUCGGCACUGGACCGGAAGCUGCUCGACUCCCUGUGGAACAAGUACUGGGUGAACACGCUGGGCAGCUCGGGUCUGCUGACCAACACGGAGUACACCACCGGCCAAAUCAUGGACCUUUCCGAGAAGCUGGAGCAGAGCGAGAACUUCUUAGGUCGCGGAACCGAUGUCAACGAGAAGCGCUCCGAGGACAAGCUGUCCAAGGCCACCCGAGAUUGCAGCCGCUCAACCAUCGAACUGAUACACGGCCUGAUGGCUCAGAUCGUCAAGGACAAACUCUUCAACAAGGUCGGACUGGGCAAAUAGAUCAAGAUAUUCA